UCUUCUUGAAAUUAGUCACGGGUGAACAAAAAGUAGCAUCAAUUUUUCUGAAGGACCUUCAAAGGUAAUAAAAAUAAAAGAUACAUAGUACAUAGUAGUAAAUAUAAGUAAGGAAAAAUGAACAACAAUAAUCUCAACUAUUUGUUAUCUGCUUUAAAUUCUCUCAAUCUCCGGAAUCCCAAACCCCCUGCCUCCUUCGGCCUACACAUACCCUUCCAGUUUCUCCAUCUCAACCCUUUUUUAUUCAACUUGGAUCCCCUCCACCAAAAGUCAUUCAUCAAUUUUUCAAUUUCAUCACACAGCUCUUUAGGCAACAAGAAAACAUUCAUGGCAUAACUAGGCCUGAAUAACAUUCUUUAAUAAGACCGCUCUACAAGCUCUCGACAAGAACCUAUUAUUCCGCUCGCCGGUGACACGUCUCCGGGUAGGCGUAGUAGCAUGUUAACCGCCAUUCAAAAUUGCCCGUCAACGAACUCACUUUGCAGUCCAAGAAGUUCGGAUUUUCUUCCAUGACCACCAUGUGCACUUCAUCAUUCCAACCGAGAACCAAUCCUUCACUUCUUCAAUCACUAUCUGUCCCCACUGUAUUUGUGAACCCUUUCGCUUGAAUAACCUCUUUAGCACGUUGACACCUCAAUUUAGUCUCCAUCAAAAACACAAUCAUCGGCCGGUGCCGGUGCUGAUGGAUAAUAUCCGACAACCCUUGAACAGUGGCCGGAUUACCAAAGCCUCUACAAUUCCAACUCAAGAUAUUCAUGAAGUAAACCCUUAGAAACUGAAUUCUUAGGCAAAUUACAAAGGCGAAAUUGACACUAAUAAUCUGUACUUUUACAUAUAUUACAAAAAUAAUCCCUACUCAUAAAUUUCACAAAAAUAAUCCCUGCUAGUUACUUGUUUCACAAAAAUAAUCCGAUUUUAAUGGUGUUAACUUUUCCGUUAUUUUUUUUUAAGUUUUGAAUAUAUCAAACAAAAAAUAUGUAUACAAAUUAAUAAUAUUAUAUUAGAGUUUAAUCUUUUCCUACGAUAAACUAAUAUAUUUGAGUUUAAUUCAAUAUUCUACAUGAUUGUAUUAAUAUUUAAUGUAUUAUUACUAAAACUACUUCGGAAUCUCUAUUAUAACGAAUAACAAAAAUAAAUCUUAAUAAAAUAGGGAUAGAGAAUGAAAGAGUAGAGAAUUUGAAGAGUAUUAUGUUUUAUGAAAAACAUUUCUAUUAUGUUUUAUGAAAAUAUUGAAUACUAAAUUAUUACUCCGUAUUUUUAGUAGAAACAAGAUUAAACUCAAAUAUAGUAGUGUCAUAUAUAUAUUUUCGAUUCAAUAUAUUUAAAAUAAAAAAAUAACGGAAAACUUAACGCCAUAUGCACUUGGUUUAUUUUUGUGAAACGAAUAAAUAAUAGGAAUUAUUUUUGUGAACUUUUCAAAUAUGGAUUAUUUUUGUAAAAUGUGUAAAAGUGGAGAUUACAAACUACCCAUCUCCCCAAGAUCGGAAAUUGUCAAGACUGCACAAAAACCUCGCAUAAAGUCGCACAAGCCAAAGCGAGGUCAACACAUACUACCCGCAGCAGAAACUGAAGAACUAGCGCUAGGGCGGCUAGGCACGAACAAGUCCGCCGGAAAAAACUCCUAGGCUUGCCCUAGACGAUGACCGCUUUUACCACAGAGGUGGAUUUCUUUUUGGUGUAUGACAGAGAAUCGCGAGAAGCAGAGCUGCAGAAGGGCCAAGGGUCAGAUUAUGAGGUUGCCAAACAGUGACCGUACGGCCUCCGGCAUGCGAGCGGCGGAGCGUGCGGCCGUCCCUGCGGCGCCCGGCUAUGUGCGAAGGGUUUCCAGCUUUUGAUUACAUAUGUGGUAGCACUUUUGCAGAGCACAAUUUUAGAAGGUGUAGGAUGUAUUUGGUUCAAUCGUUCAGAGGCUAUCAGAGCAGGUGUUACCUUAAAUUUAUUCGUUUAGCUUUACAGGUUUUGUUCAUCUUUGCUUCUCUUGUGUAAUCUACAUUCACUUUUUCGCUUAUCUUCUCUCUUUUUAGAAAAUUUGGGUUUGUCCAUUGGCUGAAAUUGGUUCUCAGGUUAGACUUUUGUGAUUUAAAAAAAAUCUAACCAAAAUCAUACAAGAAUUUUCAAUGGGUUCCCUUAUGUUGUAGUUUACAUCAAAAGAGGUAUGAAGUUUGUUUGGUGGGUUGAUAAUGUUAAUACCAUAUUAAUAAUUUUUAAAAUCAUUGCAGGAAUUGCAUGAGCCACAUUGAAUAGACAUGCUAUUGUUAGUUUUGGAGGGAAUUACAUAAGAAAUUCCAGUAUUCAUAGGCUCAUCCACUCAGAUGCUGUUAGACACCAAGUUUGUUAAAAAUAUGUAAACCAUUGGCUUUGAGUCCACUGUUGCAAAUAUUGCAAAUACUGAUACAUGUUAUGCACUAUUUUGAGGCUUUUACACACUUUUCUGCGCAGUAACUUUUAUUACAAUUCUAUUCCUUCUACAUAAUAGCGGUACACUUCUCCAAAUUUGUUUUAAUUUCCUGCUCAUUUGACUAUUCACCAGCCCCCUUCAUCUAACAUAAUAUGGACAGUUCUUUUUCACACUCUAUCCACCUCACUGUCCUUCAAACCCUUUCUAACUACUCUCCAUCAGCUGUUUUAAGCAACGCCCAAGAACAUAUAAACUCGGGAUAGUUUCUCCUUCAUCUUACCCCUGGCUAGGAACACAUAUUCUUAAUAGGUAUAGGUAUAUUGUAUUAUGGAUAGAUUAGUUUUUUUAUCUAAACUUAUUUGGUUAAUUUUAAUAUAAUUCAAGCAAUUUAUAAAUCAUCAUAAUUGUUAUUAUAUCUCCUCAAAAUUGAUAACUUUGCAAUAAAUUAUUCUCUAUCCAGCAUGCAAUUGUUGUUCUUUAAUUUACAGUUUUGGUCUUCCUUUUCUGCUAUGGGUUGAUUUUCUGUUCAUUUCUGACUAGAGUUAUGAUUUUUUUAAUAAUACAUUAGUUUUUAGUUUUCAUUGCCUUAAUUGGCAAUUAUUUUGCAUCUUAAAUCUAUUUUUGCUGAAUAGAGACUGAACAAUAGGAAUACAUUUUGACUUGCUGGGCUACCACUUCAGUAUAAAGGGGUAGUAAAUACUAAGUACAGCAAAAAAAUUAGGACAUUACCAUCAUUUGUGUUCUUUUAAUGAAAUUCAAACAAAUAGGCAGAGUGUGAAAUUAUUUCAAAUUGCUGAUUAAAGAAACAAACAAACAAAUAGAUCGUAUAGUGCAAUAACAUAGAGUGACUGAAUAGGUUGAAUUGAAACCAAAAUGAAAAGAUUUUGAAAAAAACAAAAGAAAGUGCUUUUUGGCAAACUAAAUCAACAUAUUUGAAGGGGAAUGAUACCCUUUAUCUUUCACUCAAAAGGAUUUUAUGUUGUCAAUCAGAAACCUAAUUUGACAAAGAUUCUAGGCGGAAUUAUGAUAGCGCCGAAACUUUAUUAUAUAACAAACAAUAAUAUGCUAUCCUAAUUUUUGAGUUGGGGAUCUGGCGUUCCAAAAUGAAACUGGUCAGAUUUCCAUUGAUUUAGGAUGAACCAUGAGUCUCACAUAGUGACAUACUUAUAUCAGCCCGACAGCACGUAAGGGCGUAAUGAGAGCUGAAUCUGACGUCCCAUUUUAACAACGGCUCCCAGUUUCUGGUGAACACCUUAACCAAAUGAUGAUUCAAAAAAUGAGAUAAAUUUAAUCACAUAUAAAAUGUGUUGUAACAGCUAUGGUGAAAGCUCUUAAUAUUCAACCAAAAGCUAAAAAAACACAUGCCUUAUGAUGUGAAGAAAAUACUCUUCUAUAAGCAUAGUGAAAAGGGCACAUGAUACAUUAAAAUUACAGCAGGACAUACGAAAAAACAAAAGGAGUACAGACUGUUUUUUAAUAUUCAAUAGUCCAUUCUUUGUCUCAAUCUGGGAUUUGGGGUUUCAUGUGCUUGACAAUCCAUUCAAUGUCCUAAUAUGCUUAAACCUCCCCUAAUACCUUUCUUGAGCGAAUAGAAAAAAUAAAUGAAGGACUACAGACUGUUUUUUAAUAUGAAAGUAUGAAAAAUCCAGCUACUUGUUCUUUUAUGUAUAAUAAUCAAAUUUGAUAAUUUGAAACCAAACUGAAAAGUCCAACCAUUUCCAGAAUAUCAAAGUAUAAAAACUCCAGCUUCUUACCAUCCAUAUUUUUUAUGUUGACAGCUUCUUCAUUCGUUUCAGUUUGUUUAAUCUGAAGCACAAGAAACAGUAAAAAAAGUAAUAGUAAAAAGCCAAAAAUGUUUGUGCAACAGUCAUGGGGGGAAAUGAAGCAAUUAUGAGCCUGAGCUGCCCAAUUUUCUACUCUAUUCCCUCAAAACCCAACCCCACAAAAGACAUUAGAAAUUAGAUGCCAGGUAAACCAAAUCUUUUACUUACCCUAACAAUUGAAUCGGAAAUUAAGUAAUUUGAUUGAAUAGGAAUUGAAGUUAUAGAUCAAAAUCUAACCUCAUAUCAUUGAAGUAUGAAGGAUGCCACUUAGCACCUUGCAGAACCGACCGACGCUUACUCGAUCUAUCAGUUGGUGCAAAGCUCGAUCGUCAGGAAGUGAACCCUAACAAUUGAAUCGGAACUAUCGUAUAGGCUUCAUACACGACGGUUUGCAAUCGCAUGAGAAAUGGAUGAGAAGACAGAGAUGGAUGAAGAAGGAAAUGGCAAAGGAGAAAUCGGGUGAAGAGAAGAAACGGUAAAUGAAAUUAGUUUGGUGUGCCAGCGGGUAAGGGAGGAAUGGAGCGAAGAAGAAAAGGUGAUGAUUGAUGGGAGCGGACGAUUGAGAUUAGUUUGGUGUGCGAGCAGGAAUACCGUUCAUUGAACAGUAAUCUUUUGUUCAUUGAGCAGUAAAAAAAUGUAUUAUGUUAACAAAUUAGUGAUACAACCAUUCUUGUUGUACACACCCUUGUACACACCUUGUACACACCAUGUUUGUGAAGCUUUUUUUUUGUCUGUGAAUCCGGUUCACAGACAAUAUUUUGUUUGUGCAAAACAUUGUCUGUGAACAAGUUCACAGACAAAAAAAAAAGCUUUCACAGACAACGGUGUGUACAAAAGUGUGUACAAAAGUGUGUACAAACAUCAUUUUUCUUAGUGAUAUCCCCCCUUAAGGUUCCUUUGAAUUUGACUGAACUCUGGGUUCUAGUGCAACCGCUAGGCGUACUGGGAUUUAUUUGGGGGAGUUUGUUAAAUGGGAUGAGAAUCAGUUUGAGGAUAAGUGGGAGGCCUAUAUGCGUACUAGGAUUUGUAUGGGUGUAGGCAAACCCUUAAAGGCUGGUACAACAAUUAAGGAAGGAAAGUCAAGUAUGAAAAGCUGCUUAGUUUCUGCUUUGUGUGUGAAGUUAUUGGUCAUGCAAAGAAAUUCUGCCCCUUGGUAUACGAGAAAGGAGAAAAAACUCUGGCUAAACCCUUUGGACCAUGGCUUAGAGCGGGGGAGGGAAACAUCAACCCUCUCUGGGAAACAAAUGGUUGGUUCAAGAGGAGGCAGCAGUCGCAGGGUUAAGCACACCGCAUUCUCGACUCAGGAAAGAUCAGGAGUUUAUCCAAUAUAGCCAGAUGGAGGAGGAGCCUCGGCGAUGCAUGGUUGGUAGCUCUUACCGAAGCUGGAGAGAAUCAUGGAUUUUAAGCUCCGAGUGUGGAUUGGGAGGUCAGAAAGGGAGGCGCACGUGGAGGAGCAGGAGAGGACAUACCUAGUGACUAAAGAAAUGGCCCUUGACGACCAUAAAAACAGGGUGUAGGCGGGUGCUGGGUUCCAGACCUGCCCGUAUUUGUGAAGAUCAAGCUGCUCGUGAUUGUUAGAAGACAGUCCUAUUUAUUUUAUUCUGUUUUUAUUUUAUGCUUUUGUUUCGAACUGGUUGUUGUUUUAGUUGUGUUUUUAUUUCCUAGUAACAUAACUCUAGAAUUUAAGUUGCGUGAUGAGAAGUUUUGAUACGUCCGUCAUUAGCUCAGUUAAACCCAUUAUAGGAUCAUCGAGCCAUAUUUCUUUUGCGGAG